AUGGCGAUUCAUAGACUGAGCUUUAUAAGCGAAAACUUAACUCUUCUCAUCAUGGCAGUUCGGCAGCAGGACAGUGGCCUCUACCUCCUGGAGGUCACUGAAGACACUGGGAAGGUUUGGAGACAUAAGUUCCAGGUUUCUGUAUUUGAAUCUCUGCUUCCAGAUCGUGUUGAGAAGCCCCAGCUGGUGGAGAGAUGGAAGUUCCUGGACAGGGGGUUGUGCCAAGUGACUCUGUCCUGCUCAGUCUCCAGAGGUGGUGAUGUGAGCUAUGCUUGGUAUAGAGGGACUGAGCUGAUUCAGACACCCAGGAACCUCACCAAACUGGAGGAGCAGAUUGAUGUCAGUGGUUUGCACUCAUACACCUGCAAUGUCAGCAACCCUGUCAGCUGGGCAAACCACACCCUCCAACUCACACAGGGCUGUUUGAAUGCCCACCCGAAUUUCAUCUUUCUGUCCACUUUGAUGAGCAUCAUGAUUCUCCUAAUGGCAUUGUUCCUGGGCACCCUCACCUGCUUCUAUGUGUGGAGGUGGAAGAGGAAGCAGUCACAGACCAGACCAGAGGAAUUUCUGACGAUCUAUGAAGAUGUCAACAACGUGCAAACCAGGAGAAAUCAGGAGCAGAAUUCCCUUGGAGAAGGGAGCACCAUCUACGCCAUCGUCCAGCCCCAGUCUUCUGCUUCCACAUCACAAGAUAAUGCACAUCCAUUGUAUUCAUUAGUACAGUCUUCCUGGAAGUCUGGAUCCAAGAAGACGAACCGCAACACUUCCUUCAAUAAAACUAUCUAUGAAGAGGUGGGAAAGAGAGCAUCCAAAGCUGAGAACCCUGCUCGGCUGAGCCGCAAGGAGCUGGAGAACUUCUGUAUACAUUCCUAG